ACAACCAUCUGGUCUUUGGGCUUUUAUUCAGGAGAUGAGAGCUUCAUCUGAAAAUCAAGUUUAGUUCAUGGUGUGAUAUAUAUGUUAGAGAAGUAUAUAUAUGUUGCAAUGGAGGAAAGUACUCUUCCUCCUGGUUUUAGGUUCCACCCUACGGAUGAAGAGCUCAUCACUUAUUAUCUUACACACAAGGUCUCUGAUUAUGGAUUUGUAGCAAGGGCCAUAGCUGAAGUUGAUCUCAAUAAGUGGAAGGCAAGUAUGGGAGAGAAGGAAUGGUAUUUCUUCAGCUUGAGGGAUAGGAAAUAUCCGACAGGGCUUCGAACAAAUCGGGCAACUGAUGCCGGUUACUGGAAGACUACAGGCAAAGAUAAGGAGAUAUUUCAGUCUGGUGUUUUGGUAGGGAUGAAGAAAACCCUGGUGUUUUAUAAGGGAAGAGCACCCAAGGGUGAGAAAACCAAUUGGGUCAUGCAUGAGUAUAGGCACCAGACUAAGUUCCCUUAUAGACCCACAAAGGAAGAGUGGGUUGUUUGUAGGGUCUUUAGGAAGAGUUCUAAUGGGAAGAAGUCACAACCAACCACACCUUCUUUCCCUUCAUUGCUUGAAUCACCAUGCAAUACAAACUCAUUGAGUGAUGUUGGAGAGCUUGAUGUAUCUAUCUUUAGCAAUUUGGUGAACCAUUCAAACUCUUUUGAAGCUGAGCAGACCAUUGAAACAUCCGUCACCAACACCACCACCACCACCACCACCACCACAAACAACAACAACAACAGCAAUAACAAUCAUAAUAAAAUCAUGGACAUGGGAAGCAUGUACAUGAAUUGGGUGUUGAAUAGAGAAGCAAUGAGUUCUACAAGUCUACUUCCAUGGCCUGCAUCAAGCCUUCUUGGUUCAAACUUAUCGACUAAUCAAACGAUCUUGAAACCGUUACCGUUUACUGGCUAUCAUCAUCAUCAUCAUCAAGAGGAAGCCAGCAACGUAACGGCACCAUUAAGCUCCUUCAUACAACAAGAAACUCUCUUUGGAGCUGAACUGAAGUCCAGCUUCCCUGCAGCCUCUUCUUCUAAAGCUUCAGAUACUGUCUCGCACCAUCCUUUUGAACAGGAAUCCAUUUGGUAAUUAAGUUUAAUGUGAUAAAUUAUAAAGAUCUCUAUUUCUACCAUACAAAAUGUAUAAAAACUCAUUACCAUUUGUAUUAAAUUAAACAAUCAAAGUUUGUAAAAGUUAAAUAUAUAAAUACUUUGUCAUGCACCUCUGGCUCAUGUUUUCACUUGGUGAUGUAAUUAGUCCGAACAGAAGACAAGCAUAGAACUAUUGGAGAGUCCUAGGAUACAUCAACAGGUCUUAAUAGUGGAGUUUGUAUUGCUAGUUUCAGAAUGAACAAAUUAAAAAGGUCUUUCUGAUAUUUCACUGUGUGCCUCAAAUUGGGUACUACCCCCAGGAAAACAAACUAUUCGUAGUACCCCCUUGAUCGGCAGAUAACUUUAUCAUCAAUAAAUUAAGUUUCAACUAAUUAAGUAUUGAAUAGACACACGCACACGUGCACACACACAUAAAUAUAUUUAUAUAUAUAUAUAUUAUACACGUACACCUACAUGCAGGUAAGACUUAGGAGGUGUACAACGACAAUGCUUGGGCUAUUUAGCUCCACGCCAUCAGUGAAUCCAGAGAGCCUGCACCACAUAAUAGAAACAAGUUCAUGCUCUAAUUAGUAAUGAAAGCAUGCAUGCAUGAGAGGGUUAAGGAUGGAGGUAGGGAGCUCCCUUCAGUCCAAUAAGUGGGGAAAGAAAGAGGCAGGAGUUGCUCCCACACCAUGCAUUGGCUAAAGCUUAAACUCUUCUUCUUCUCUCUGUUUCUAUGAUCUAACUCAAACUCUGUCACUCCACAUACUUAUAUAUACAUGAUAUAUCUGGUUGAGACUUGAGUAUAAGGCUUGACCAAAUCCAUGAAGUGGCAGCUCUAAACCUCUUCUUAACCCCUUUCAUUGGA